AUGUGCGGCAUCGUUGGAUUUAUGUUUAUCAUCACAAUUGUAAUAUGCUUCAAGACAAGAAUUCUGAAGAAAAGGAAAAUUCUUCCAAAAAAUCCUGUUAAUUGUCAAAAUCAUCUAGAGGAUGUAAUUAUCAACCAACCAGCAGAAGGAAGAGGAGAUGGAAGCUCUAACGAGAGUUUAAAGGAUUCCACAAACGGUCAUGAAGACUAUGCCCUGGUAGACCAUUCAGACAAGUGUUACGAUGACUUAGAACAGGGGGAGUACGAUUUGCUAAGAUCACACAGGAAACAUAAAACCUGUUCGACUGAACCCACUCAAGAUUCUUGUUAUGAUAAAUUCAAGAACGAAAACAGCCCGUAUGACUUCAGUGGAGUUUGUAAUCAGAAAGACGUUUUAAAUACUGAUUACGAGUAUGAGAUGAUUAAGAACAUGGCAAAAAAGAAACAAAGCAAAGACUUAACAGAAAGUGAGUAUAAAAUGUCCCCCAAGGACGCCAGAAAUGGAACGGGAGAUAACUCUUAUGAGGAUGCCAUUUCAAAAAAAUCUACAAAGGAUAAUGCUAUACAGAAUAAUUGA